UUGGUCCGGAACGGUUCGGUUGACUGUGACUCGUGGGUUGCUGCAGAGCGUUGUUGAGUGGGAAGAACGUUCAGCCUAGCAGUCAGUUAUUGUGUGUGAAGUGUGAUAAGUUAACUGUCAGCUAAAUAGCACGACAUCCAAAGAUUGCAUCAACGUUUAGUGGGCGCUAAAGUGAUAAUCAUCAGCUGUGUGCUGUUGCAAGUAGGUGUGUAGAUAUUGUUUGAUCAACUCGAGAGUGAAAUGUUCUGAAAUCAAGUUGUGAAAGUCUGAGGAAGAAAUUCGUUUCGGCAAAACGCACACAUCGUUUCGCUGAGAGUUCUAGAGCAUAGACUUGCUCUUAGCUUGGAACCCUUGCAAGAAUAGUUCAAACCCUUCCGGGAGGACAAGAAACCGUUCCGCAUUCGUCCACAUAACCCCGAACUGGCAAAAUGAUAGUGGAACUUAGUUUGCGGCAAAAAACGGCCACACUAGCAUGUAUCACAGCUGUGGCCUGUUCGUUGUCAGUGGCAAUCGGACAACGACUCAUCCCACAAACAGUGCUCUCCGCCGUGGUUCUGUAUCUGCUGAGUGGUGAUAGGCCCACAAUGGUGUAUGCAACGGUUCGAACUCUACCGAGAGAUUUGAACGCUGCCAUAUGUUUCAUCCGGUUGAAUCUCACCCUGUACCGGUGGGAAAAACGCAAGAUGACGGUGGUCAAAGUUUUCGAGGAGGUUGCGGCCAGUCGCCCCUCCAAGGUGGCCCUCAUCAUGGACGACCAACGGCUUACCUUUGCCGACGUGAAGCAGCUCUCGGAUCGGAUCGGCAGCUACUUCCACUCGAAGGGUUUCCGCAAGGGGGACACGGUGGCACUCAUGAUGGAAACCCGCACCGAGUAUCCGUGCAUUUGGCUGGGGCUGGCUAAGCUGGGCGUCGUAACCGCUCUGAUCAAUACCAAUCUGCGGCGGGAAACGCUGAGGCACUCGAUUGCGGCGGCUAAUUCGAAAGCAAUCAUCGUCAGCGCUGAACUGGCCGGAGCCGUCGCCGAAGUUUUGGAACAGGAUGGUGUCAAAGGACUGCCAAUUUACCUAUAUGGCAAUGAACAAUCGUCUGAAAGCGACAAAAAUGAGCAUCUACCAGCUGCCGACAACCUGAGACAAGCUUUGGACAAUGUUCCGAGUGUGGAUUUAAGCUCUCUCUGGAAUGAUGUAUCACUGAGAGAUAAAUUAGUUUACAUUUACACCUCCGGAACCACGGGAAUGCCCAAGGCGGCCGUGAUCACCAACUCCAGAUUCAUCAUGAUGGGCACUGGUUGCUACUACAUGCUGUCCCUCCGCGAAGACGACAUCAUUUACAAUCCAUUGCCACUGUACCAUUCCGCGGGCGGAAUGGUAGGCAUGGGAAGUGUCCUCCUAUGUGGACUGACCGCUGCGCUUCGGAAAAAGUUUUCCGCCUCCAACUUCUUCCCGGACUGCAUCAAGUACAACUGCACGGUUGCCCAAUACAUCGGAGAAAUUUGUCGAUUCGUGCUGACUACCCCACCUCGGCCGACCGACGGCCAGCACAAGGUCCGGAUGAUGUUCGGCAAUGGAUUGCGACCGCAGAUCUGGACCCAAUUUGCGUCACGCUUCAACAUCAGCCAAAUUGCCGAGUUUUACGGAUCAACUGAGGGCAAUUCGAAUCUGAUGAAUCUGGACAACACGUUGGGAGCAGUUGGCUUCGUUCCCGCCUUUGCCAGGAAAUUGUACCCGGUGACGUUGGUGAGAUGCGAUGAGGAAACUGGCGAGGUCAUCCGUAAUGACGAUGGGCUAUGCAUUCGCUGCAAACCAGGUGAACCGGGGGUGUUUGUCGGCAAGAUCAAUCUGAAGAAUGCUCUCAGUUCGUUCGUGGGCUAUGCCGAUAAGAAAGCUUCCGAGAAGAAGGUACUGAGGGACGUCUUUACCAAGGGGGACAUGUACUUCAACUCGGGUGAUAUUCUGGUGGCGGAUCUGUUCGGAUAUUAUUACUUCAAGGAUCGGACUGGAGAUACUUUCAGAUGGCGUGGUGAGAACGUUGCAACAUCCGAAGUGGAAGGCGUUAUAACGAACAUCAUUGGCCUGAAAGACUGUGCUGUCUAUGGAGUCGAUAUUCCCGGAACGGAAGGUAAAGCCGGAAUGGCAGCCAUUGUCGACACUGAGGGAAAACUUGACAUGGAACAGCUGGCGGCAGGCAUCCGCGGUAGUUUACCUCCAUAUGCACGUCCGCUGUUCAUCCGGGUACUCUCGGAAGUUCCAAUGACAACGACAUUCAAACUGAAGAAACGUGAUCUGCAGAUCGAUGGAUACGACAUCAACAAGAUCAAGGAUCCCAUCUAUUUCUUGCAGCCGAAUGGAAGCUACACCCGGUUUAGUGCCGAAGAGUUCGCAACAGUGAGCAGUGGCAAAGGCAAGUUCUAGAGAGCUGCUGGCGCCGCCAACGAAUGAUAGUCAAAAUUGAAUAGCCAAAAGACGAAACAGUUCACCAAUUCCAAUCGACUGAGUAGUAAGGUUUGAAUGAUCGAUUUUUAAUGUGCCGAGUUAGUUAUUAAGAAUGGUUUUGUUUCUAGUGUGAAGUAAAUUCAAAGAGCAUGUUUUCCUUUGAAAUCUCAUUUCAAGUAAGAUGAUUGUUACAUUUGCCAUACGAAUAAAACUCCAAGAUAUUUGUAUUUCAUAGUUUCGAUUCAUGAGUACAACGUAGAAAUAAAUAUAAGCGUAGAACAGUUAUAACAA